UUGGUUAAAUGCACCAGGUGGUGUCUGGCCAGCACAUUGAUCUCGCCCGACAGAGGCAGGGGGACUUGGGGUAAGAUGACUCUCGGAACAGUCUGCGUGACAGCCGGGCUCACGGGACUCUUAAGUUUCGUCUUUCUGACGGUCGCUAUCGCCACGGAUUACUGGUACAUUAUCGACGUUUCAGAUUCCGGUUAUGACUAUGGGAAGGGCUGGGAAGAUUUAAACUCCCACUCUGGGCUGUGGAGAAUUUGCGAAGGUAGAAAUGCCUGCAUUGCUUUCAUAGACCCCUUCAGUGAAGAGAUUCAGAGUGUGCCUGAUUCCCAGCAACAUUUACUGUUUAUGCAGAAGGUUUUUGUCAUUUUGCUCCCCCUCAGUCUGGUUCUUCUGGUGCUUGGGGGAAUCGGUGGACUCAUCAGCUCGCUGAUCAAUGGUCUCUACCUGCUUCUGUUCACUGGCUCCUACUUCCUCGUCGGAGGUGCCCUGACUCUGGCCGGGAUCUGCGUGUACGUGGCCUACUCGAAGGCCGCCUUUGCCAUCGCCAAGCACAUUUACGGAGACAAGCUGUUCGACAACGUUCACAUCGGCUUCAGCUGGUCCAUGAUCCUGGCCUGUCUCUCUUGUGUCCUGGAGGUCAUGUCCGGGGGCUUGUUCCUUCUGGCUGCCAAGCUGACUGCCUCAGAGCAUCAAGAGCAGUCAGCAGUCAUAUGAGGUCUCGCUGACCGUGUACAGCAGUGCCGCACAUUGUCGUUGUAUUGUCUUUGUGCCUCAGUCUUUAACAAGCUGAAUUUGGGUUACAUGUUGCACCCAGCAAUGUUGCAUUGUUUGAUGCUGUCUCUCCCCCCCCCCCCCCCCCCCCCCCCCCCUCCCCCUU